AUGGCUUGUGUUUCUACAGUCACUUAUUCAAUAGUGAUAAAUGAUAAGCCAACUACUUCUUUUGAUGCCAAGCGUGGGGUGAGACAAGGGGACCCUAUGUCCCCUUACCUAUUUGUUUUAGCUAUGGAAUACUUUACAAGGUUGUUGAAGAAUUUGCAGCACAAACCAGACUUUAAUUUUCAUCCGAAAUGUGAGAAACUCAAUAUUCUGCAACUAAGUUUUGCAGAUGAUCUUCUAGUCUUCUGUAGAGGGAGACUACAAAUGAUUAAAAGUGUGUUACUAUCUAUCCAAUCAUUCUGGUCGCAAGUGUUUCCUUUGCCAAAAAAGAUCCUACUGAAGAUUGAAAGCAUUUGCAAAAAGUUUCUAUGGACAGGGGAGGCAGAGGGGAGCAAGAAAGCUUUGGUCGCAUGGACACAACUUUACUGGCCAAAAACUGCAGGAUGCUUGAACAUAACAGAUAUAGUUACUUGGAAUAAAGCAGCAAUCCUGAAGUAG